UAAAUGACAGUCUAUUGCUUUUGUUAUUAUUUUAAUAAGAAUCUUUUAAUAAUUUUAAAAAGUUGUGAAAAUUAUAAAAUAUGGCUUGUAAAAUCGUGGAAGCAAUUAGUAAAGAUUGUACUAAGCUUAUUCAAAAUUUUGUAGCACAAAACAAUUCAGAAUUCAGUAGUUUUUGCAAUGAAUACAAAAAAAUUAAAUUUUAUCAUAUUUAUACAAUUCAAUUAACUGACACUGAUAUGAUAUUAACAACUCGUCAUAUAAUGAGCUAUUGCAAAGAUUAUUUUCACAAAACAACAAUUACUACGGUAAUGGAAAAAAUUGGAGCCUUGUAUUUAAUGUAUUGUAUAUAUUACCAACAACCGCAGAAACUUCUUGUUAAAAUUCAAGUAGAUAUGGAUACUUAUGUAAAUUUGAGGAAAUUUAUAGCAAUGAUUGAUGAAAAACAAAAUUAUGAUCAAGUUCGUUAUAUUUUCUAUCACUUAUUGAGCGUAAAUGCGUUUAGAUUUGUAGCUUCAGAAAUAUUUUACGGUUUGGAACCCUUCUUAUGUAAGAAAUUUAAUUAUCCUACUAUUGUUGAAUCUGAGCUCAAUAGAAAGAAUUUUUUGAAUCCAGAAAUGUCUAAUUUAAUAGAUAAAGAAAAAGGAUUUUGUGUAGCUUUCAAAUUAUUAGAAACCAAAUAUAAUGAAAUGAAAUCAAAAAUAAAUAAAAAGGAAAAAAAUGAAGGUAAUAAAAUUGAGUACUCUAACAUAGCCGAACAGUAUGAAAAACAGCUUGAAAAAAUUGAAAAAAUGUUAAAUACAAAUACAAAGGACGGUGAGCAAAGUAAUCAGAGUGAAAAUGAGAGUAGUAAAAAAUCAAUGGUUGUUAGGGAAAUAAAAAAAACUGCAUUUUCGAAAAACUUUAGCUCAUUUCAAAAGUCAAUUUUAGAUGGUAAUUCAAUGGAAGACAGUUCAAGUAAUUCGGAACAGACAACAGAUGAUGAUCUCGAGCCACCCAAAGCAGUUUAUUUAAAAAGAAAAUACAGCGCAGUAAAAAUUCUUAAUGAAAAGUUGCCAAAGGAAGUAUUGAAAGAACUUGGAGAUUGUUGAAUGGUGCACUUUAUGUGAACAGUAAAUAUUUUUUAUUUAAUCAUGAAAUUAUCUUGUUAACCUUGAAUGAUGUACUAUGAAUGAACCUUCAAGAGAACUAGUAAUGGGACCAAGAGUUUCCUUUAAGUAUUCAAUAAAUUUUUCACACUUCAUCCUGAAAUAAA